AUGGUUGAAAAUAUGAGUGAGGAUAAAAGGCAAAAGAUUAAUAUACAUGAUAUAUUGAAUAGAAAACCGCAGCUCACCAAAAAGACACCCCUAGAUGUUUUUUUCGAAGAUUUGGAUGACAAUAUAAUCACUCCCAUAAAUAGAUGCGUUCUUGAUUCAGUCACACUUUCCUCCAUUUAUCAGGCAUUGAAAUGCUCAAGUAACAACGAGUUUGUUGUAGUGCUUCUGCAAAACUUCGAGAAUUUGCACAUUCAAGUACUUGAGCAGCAACGGAUGCUCGUCGAAAGUAAAAGUGAAUUAUUGCCUAUCUCAUUGCAUGAUAUGAAAUACGUGGACGAGCUAAUAAAUCUUUUGAUUAUUCAUGGUAUAGAUGCCAAUUUGCCUCUUACAAUGAAAAUUCCGCUUGAUUCGAAAAGACUAAAUGCUUUCAAGAAGGGCGAAAGAAGCGCACAAUAUGAAACACCUCGAUGGCAUACCAUAAAUAGCGAUACAUUAUCUCAAGUCAUAACUGUAUUUUAUAAUGUUCUAACUAAUGAGAGGUCUUCCGAUUAUUUGAGAAAUAUAAUCUUAAAAGGCAAUGCGUACGCAAACAUUCUGUUAGGUUUGAUUGUGUUACACGUGCAGUUGCCUAGCAAAUACACUUCAGAAAUGAUUGGAAAUCUGGAAGAUACGCAGGAAACUUAUUCUUUGUUUGGGGUUUAUACUUUACUGGCAGAAACAAUUCAAGACGAAAAGGUAAGGGAAUCAAUACUAUCAAAAUUGACAACGUUAGCGUUACGAAGACCGGAAAACGGCCUGGUCAGCUUAAUUGAUUUUGUUUUGGGUGUGAGAGAUGCAGAAGAUAUAGACAUUGAAAAGUUCAGUCGUAUCUACCAGAUUUUGAUGAGUAAACCGAAAACAAUGACAAACCUGCAAUACUUGACAGGACUAUUCAAGCAAAUUUAUGAUGGCCUCACUUUUGUGAACAGGCCUAUUCUGGUCACCUGUCUCAACGGACUAAUCUUAAAGUUUUUCAUAAGGAAUAAGAGGAUUGUUAACGAUUUUUUGUUUAGGAAGGUUCGCUCUAUUAUCUUCAACUCCCCGUUAAUCGAUCAUUCAGCAAAGGAACUGAAUGAUGUUAUAAACGUUCUCAUAUCGCUAUCUAAAAAUUCGUCAACGGAUUUACUCAAUGAGUUAGUUACUGGUUGCGCCAAAGAAGAUGGUACUUCAGCUGGACAGUUCUUUUUGAAUAUAUGGAUAUAUGCCCUUUUUUUGAAGAAAAAUCAAAAACUAGACCCAUUAGAAAUAAAUAAGCUGUCUAUUUCAAAGGAUAAAAGUACAGAGAGCAUAAAUUUUCCAAAGGAAUCUUCCUCGAAUUAUUAUCAGGUCGUAUUAUCAUUAUUAAAAUCUCUAAUAGUCAUAACAGAAAACUUUCAAAAUCUUAAUUUACUGAGCCUUAACUUAGUUAAUUUUGAGCAUGAGAAAUGGAAAUAUUUGAUUGAUCUUGACACACAACUACCCUACAUAUCGGUUAAAAACACAGAUACAUCAGACUUAUUUCCCGAAAAAGGAUCGAAAAACGCUCAAAUGACCGAUUUUUUCCAAGAUAUGGACCUUUCAAUAGAAUUAUUCAUGGAAUUUUUGGUGCUACUAAAUGACGAAGAACAAUCAAAGAUUUUAUUUUUGGAAAUUUUAAAAAGAUGGGUACAUCAUACAAAAGAAAGUGGAAAAAGAUCUUCGGCUGAUCUAAGCGCGAUGUCAAGCGUUUCAGAUAACGCGCUAAUACUCAUGGACUUGAAACUUUUGGAACGGAUGAACGACCAAUUCAAAACAAGCAUUGUUAACAAACCUAAAGACGUUCUUAUUGUUAUUGAUCAACUGAUUGAUGUUGUUCAGGCAAAAGAUGAAACACAGGAAGUUGAAGCAGAUUCUGACGACGAAGAAGAAGUAGGAACAGAAAAAUUAGAUUCGAAUGAAGCUCCUUCUCACAAAAUUAUUUUGCGAUUAUUGUCUUCUGUCCUUUCAGAAUCGUCUAGUAGUAUAUUAUUGCAGAACAGUUCUACAUUAAAAUCUAUUUCUAGAAAAUUAAAAUCCUUCAACAUCAAAGCUGCCGAAUCAGGUGCAUUACUAACAUCGAUAGAAAAUAUUUUGAUUAACGGGCAUGCUAUAGAAAAGAACGGCAAUAAGGAAAUUGAUAUAGAUAAGGAAAUGCUUGACAAAGCGAUUAAUAAUCUACACGAUCCUUUAGUGCCCAUAAAAUCUUAUGGUUUAACAGAACUACGUUAUCUAGCUGAAAAGAAGUCUCAAGUGAUUUCACUGGAGAAAGUGUUGCAAAUACAUUUAUAUUAUUUAAAGGACGCAGACCCUUUUAUUUACCUCAAUGUUAUUAAAGGACUUACGACGCUAUGUGGAUUAGAGCCAGAAACCAUAUUGCCCCCACUUGUUGAAUUUUAUGCAAACAAAAAAAAAAAGAACAGAUUAGAUGACGUGCUGAAAAUUGGUGAAGUAUUCAUCAAUUACAUUCAAUGUCAAAACGAACUGUUCCAGGGUAAAUUGGCUUAUUUGAUUAUAGAUACCUGUCUUAAUAUUGUGAGGCCAAAUGAUAGUGCGCCAUUGGACAAUAGAUGGCGUAUGUCAUCGAUGUCAAUCUUAGGUAUGUGCCUUCAGGUCAAUGCUAGGGGCGUUUCAAACAGAAUCCGUGAUAUGCUGGAUUGUGUGUUCGGAAUAUUGCAAUUAGAACAACCACGUAAGAAUUUGAAGGGUAAGGAUGAUUCUUUCCUAAUGAGGAGAAGUGCCGUACACUUGAUACACGAUUUGCUGUAUGGCACAGGGCUUGAUUUGCUUCCCGUUGAGUACAACUACGAUAAGCUAAAAACACUAUUAUCUUACGUUCAUGAUCAAGAUGAAGAUUACUUAGUGUGUGAACAGAUUAACAAGCUUUUAACCGUGCUAGAAAGUUUCUAG